AUGUACAUUUUAGGUGGCUUGUCUUCCUCUUUCAAGUCUUUUGCUGCUCCGAAUCCUUGUGGGUGGAACAACGGUACCACGUUUGCAGAACAAAGACCUCUUGAUAACUGCAACGUGAAGCCUAUGUUCUCAGCCCCCAAACUUGAACAACUAUCGCUGAUGUCGCAGAGUCCAGGAAUCAUAGCCGAGAAUCCCAAAAUGAUGGUUCCAGAUCCUCCCAAACUUAAAUCCCAGUCAAAUGCUAUUAACAGUGGCAAACACAGCGUUCAUGAAGCUUGCCUGAAUCCUUAUGCAAGCAAAAUGGCAUUUGAAAAACAAAGAUAUCUUCAUAACGGCGACGUGAAACCUACGAUCUCAUCACUUCGGAAAGUUGGAGAAGUAUCGGAUCCAGCAAAGAUAAUCACACAGAGCCCAGCGGUCAUAUCCAAAGGCAAAAGGAUGGUCCCAGAUUCCCCGAAACCUAAAUCCAAAUCAAAUGUUAAUCUUCAUGAUAACACGGAAAAGGUGUCGCAUCCUGAAAUAAUGCGCACACAGAAAGAAGAGUUAGCCACUACUCUAAAGAGGAAUGCCCCUAGUCCCCCCAAAACCAAACCUAAACCAGCCUGGAGGACAAAACGAGGUAAGACAAGAGCCCUUUAAUUUAUGAUAAGACAUCGAGGCAGAAAACAGAAGAAGAAUUUUUUUUCAGGAGUAAGAAAGUUAUUUCCAGUGAUGAGACGGGUCAGCCUUCCUAAUGAAAUGUGGUGGACUAGAAAGAAGGUUUUCACACUGAAUCUUAUGUUUCGUAUUGGAGAGCGCAAUAUAUGUUAGGUUCUAGGCGCGUAUAUUUUGCCUUCCUUUGUUAUUCGAGAUCAAGCAAUAAAUUGUGCUUCAAGUGUAAGUAUCAAGUUAUACCGAAAGAAAUUUACAACAGCAUAAGAUGCAUGACGAGUUUAACUUCCCUGGAGCCGCUUCCGACAACCCACGAGCCCAUACAAUAAUACAUCUGCCACCAUAGUUAUAUGUUCUUGGCAACAUCGCCAAUAAGGGUCCCACAAGCUUACACCUAACAUUAGUCCUAUGAAGAGUUGUACUAUCAUUUCUUUCUUUUUCUUUUUUACUUUUUUUUUGGGUGUUGUUGAAAAGGAUAUAUUCGGCUUUUAGAUGUUUAACUUUUUUUAUUCCAUAGUGCAAAACGAGGUAUAUAAGCAAAAAAAGACACAAAACAGCGAAGAAGAUGAACGGCACUCCAGUGAAAGAACAGUAUCUGAUGCCUCCUCUAAUGCCAGCGUGAAUACUCAAGAAUUAGAGGAGAAGAUCAAAAAGCUUAAGGAGGAAUUCCCUCGUUCGCCGAGAGUCCUCAUUAAGAAGACUCUUUGUAGUGAUGACGUUCAGUGUGAUCUUGUGAAAGCCAAAAGACGGCUACAGGAAUUUUCACAAAUGGACGAUCCAUCUCUCAAGAGUCCUGUGGCAACUGAGUUCAUCUCAGAGAACUCAAACAGAGAUCCGCAGAUGAACAAAGGGAAACCUCAUUCAGGUUUGUAAAUAAUGAAAAAAGUUGCUAUGUAAGUACUGGAGACCAUAUUUUUUAGAUUUAUCGCCCUUAAUGUUUCUGUUCAUUUCCUUAUGAAAAGGACUCUAGCGGAAUUGCACUCCUUCGUCAUUCGGAAAUGUUGCAAUUCGAAUGGAAACAUUUGAUUGACGUCCACGACAACUCAGGUUCCAACCAACCUAGAAAAAAACCUAUCAAGGGAGUGUGUUAUUGGAAACCGCUGUACGUUCUACAAGUAUAUUCCGCCUUUCCUUGUUAGUCGAUAUCUAGGAAUAAAAAAGUAGCACGGGUAGUAUAAAGUUAUCCUGAAGAAAAUCUAAAACAACAUAAGAUAACGACUCGGUCGAACUCUGGAUUUAAGUUGCCAGGAGUUGUGUCCAACGAACCCAUGUAAAGAAGCUCGGAUAUUAUUCAUUAUUUUUAGUUAGAAUAGUUCAGCUCGCCCGAACAAUAUUUUGCUAGUAGCGACCAAAGGACAAUGUGCACAGAUUAUCUUGAAGUUGGUCUUCUGGGAAGAGGUGCAUGUGUUGUUGUUGAGAAGGAUGUUAUGUGUUUUAAUCUUUGUAUUUUUAUCGUAUUCCGGGCUCCUAGAUGGCUAACUUUUUUUAUUCCAUAGUGCAAAACGAGGUAUAUAGGCAAAAAAAGACACAAAACAGCGGAGAAGAUGAACAGCACUCCAUUGAAAGAACAGUAACUGAGGCCUCCUCUAAUGCCAGCAUGAAUUCUCAAGAAUUAGAGGAUAAGAUCAGAAAGCUCCAGGAGGAAUUCCCUCGUUCACCGAGAGUCCUCAUUAAGAAGACUCUUUGUAGUGAUGGCGUUCAGUGUGAUCUUGUGAAGGCCAAAAAACGGUUACAGGAAUUUUCACAAAUAGACGAUCCAUCCCUCAAGAGUCCUGUGGCAACUGGGUUCGUCUCAGACAACUCAUACCGAGAUCCACAGAUGGGCAAAGGGAAACCUCAUUCAGGUUUGUAAAUAAUGAACAUAGAACAUAUUUUCAAGAUUUCUCUCCCCUACAAGUUUCUUUCCAUUACCUUAAGCAGAUUCGAGACGUAAUCCAGUCUUGAGUCUCUAUCCAAGGCAGUGAUGAUUGGAGAAGGCGGUAACUUAGCCGACAUUUUCAGAAUUUUGCUCUCUUUAAUUUUCUUCGGCAGCUUUUACACUUCUUAAUAUUUCAAAUCUGUUACUCCGAGAUCAUGUUAUGGCAUAUAUAUUAUUUGUCACUUUAACUUGAAUUGUAAAUCUCCUGAACAAAUUCUGUGGAGUUACGAUAAUUCAAUUGAAACGCCCCUUUGGCAGAAAUUUUACAUGGUACCAUUUGUUUCAUAUCUAUAGGAUUUUGCAACAAGAAUAUCAUUCUUCUUUUGUGAACUUUGUCUUUAGCCACUGAAAGACGCGAAAUGAUUAACUAAGUAUAUACAUGUAUAUUGUGUUUAGCAUUUACCAAAUCAGUGAAUCAAUUAAGUGAUUGGCUCCCGUAACUCGAAGUAUACUUGGCUGUUCACCAUUUUGGAACCCAAAUCAAUUUGGUGGGUCGUUUCGCGACAGUUUCAGAUGAUGACAUUUUAGCUAUUAAUGAAGCACUUGUACCAAAAGAAGAAAAAAAUUUAAUUCUUAAAUAUGUUAAAUAGCCAAAUUCACGGUAUUUUCGACGUCUGCACUUAAAAAUUCUUUUCCUUUACAUUAUCUGCAAUUUUUUAGCUUCCGAGCAGAAUAAAAUCUUAGAAUCCUGAGGAGUUUCUGAACAUGUUCAUCGGUACAAUGUUUUGUUUUUGUAUUGCUUUGUUUGUUAAUUCAGUCAGUCCGUUGAAAUUGACACAAAUGUGACAGUACGUGUGACGUGUGAAAAGAGAAGAUGUCUAUCUUCCGUACCGGAUGCUGGACUUCAAGGAAGUUUAAAUGCAGGCACACUGGGAGUGCUUGGUACUGCCUCACAGAUCAAAUGACUGCACUGUGCACUUUUUUUUGCUGGCUCGAGGCCGGGUAAAUGCUUCAUUUUCGAGCCAUAUAGAUAAUAAUAGUGACUGCUGGGACCUGUGUAAAUUCUGAGUUGUGUACAUUUGUAUAUAGUUUUAGGUUUUAGGUAAGGUCAUUAAUUUAAAAAAUCAUGCCAGUGAUGGGUGCCAGUACUUAGGAAAGUGUCCCCAAUUUGCUGACUGUUAAGCUAAAUAUAUUGCAACGAAAAUGACGUUGUUAUUAUAAUUAUUGUUAUUAUCACUGUUUUCUCCGACGAAUGCUCCACGUUCUUAGACAUGAUGAAUGACAUUGGCAUUGACAAAAAGCAGCAACUUUAUAUAAUCAAGAAAUUAAAUGAUGAACAUAGCCAUUAGCGCAACAUAUUACAUCUUUUGGUGUAGAAAUAGGAAUUGGAAUAGCCCAGACUUAUGCAAUUUUGAUUUUCUUUUCUUCUUCGUCUUUCUUUUUUCGAAUAAUUCAAUCUCAAGCAGCAUUUGUAAAUUGCUUAUACGUAGCGAGAUUUACAAUUGUACAUUCAAAAACACAAAUAAAGCUUCCAUUAUUAUUAUUGAUAUUAUUAUUAUUAUUAUUAUUAUUAUUAUUAUUAUAUAGAGCUAGUGUUUAUUGAAGCAAAGUGUUUUUUUAUAGCAUUGCAAAGGAAGUAUCGGGAACAGAAAUAUCAGGAAAGCGACGAAAACUCUAAAGAAGAAGAUUAUAAUGAAGGUUAUGGCAGUGAUUAUGAAGUAGAGUGUGGCGGUGAUUGGCAAGAUAAUGAUUGUGCCGACAAUGUGAGAAAUUGGGAUGAUGACGAUGAAAAUGAUUAUGACUAUGAUUAUGAAGAAGAUUAUAACGUUAGUUCUGAUGAAUAUGACGUCGACGAUGUUCUAGAGGAUGGUUACUAUGAUUAUGAAGAAGAUUGCGAAGAAGUUUGUUGUAAUAUUCCAGUGGUUUCACAACCAUACGACAAACUAGGUAACCUCCUUCAUGGUCAAACUUCUAGGGGAAGAAGAGUGGAUUCUAAACUGAUGCUGUUCUCGAACCAAGGUUGGUCUCGUCUUCAAAGCACAGGAGGAUAUUGCCCUGUCGAAGACCACUUGCAAUUGAAUGGAGGUAAUUAUUACAAAAAUAGGGAUCUCCAGUGUCAGACAUGACUACGUAAUGGUCUGGGCCCGGUUGUUCGAAGGCUGAUUAGCCCUAACCUGGGGUUAAAUUUAACCCGGGUUUCUUUUUCUUGUGUUCAAAAGCAUUUUCUCGGAUGAUCUCUUCGUUAUUUUUAGAGCUUCCAAUCAUUAACCUGUAGACCAAAAGAAUUAAGACUGAACUGCUUUUUAAGCUUUCAAAUCUGAAUUCAAAUCUCGCACUAACCCUGGGUUAUCUUAACCCAGCUUUGAACAACUCGGCCCUGGUGAUAAAUACACCGAGGGUUCAGUUAACCUGCACUGUGGGGAAAAAACGGAGACAAACAUAUUUCAUGUCGUUACUGUAAUUACUACUUUGAUAAUCUCCUACUUCUGAAGUGGAGAGGCAUGUGGCUCGUUUGCCAUCUCUCCAUCAAGAGGCUCUCUUUUUAUUAUUAACCGCCUAGAGUAAUUAAAUUGGGAAAUAAUGACCUUUUUUAACAUUUUGCGCAAAGGGAAUUCACACUCUCCAUUUUCAUCCUAACCUGGAGAGAGGACCAUGGAUCGACCAGGUUCAACUAUGGUUCUAAGAUUAAAAAAUAAAAGAUUAAGAUAACAGAAGAGAAGCAUCAACUAUAUAGAAAUGAAAGAUAGCAAAAAAAAACUUAGACGCGUGCUAAAAUAACGUAACAGAACAACAUGCAGAAAUGUCACAUAUCUGAAUUGCUGAUGACUCUGAUUAAGUCAAUCGGUCCUCAUUUUCAAUCGUAAGAAAGAAGACACACUCCGACCAAAGUAAAUCCAGUUGUACUAAGUAUAAUCUAUACACAAUGCAAGUUUCCACGGCACCCACACAUAAAUUAUUGAUAUGGACCCUUUUUUUUCAGAUAACUUGUCUCCCAGCGGCUGGGCUCCAAUGCCUCUUGACGAAAGGGGAAAUGAAGUUGCUGUUCAUACGGUGAACCUAGCAAGCACUUGUGCUGAGUACCAAGAGGUCGCACAGAGGGUAAGACAGACACUUCCGUCCCAGAAUAUUGUCAGCAUCGCAAGAAUUCAAAAUCCCUUUCUUUACCAGUCUUAUCAACUGCGAAAGCAAAAAAUGAAGAAAGACAAUGGAGGAGAUAACGAACGCCAGCUGUUUCACGGCACAAAUCCAGAUAACGUAACAAAAAUUAACACUCAAGGAUUUGACAGAAGUUUAUCAGGCUCAGCAAAUGGUGAGAAUUCUUAACCUUCACAAAGUGCAAUAGUUACCGUAAAAAAUGUAGAUUGUCCAAUCACAACGUUUUCUGAAAACAAAAGAUUCUCAAGGUUUUUGCAAACGGACAAAUAAAAUUCAAGUAUUCAACGAAAAACUUUAAAACCGUUUGAAAUUAUCUGACCUCUCAGGAAACAACCCUCAGAUUUAUAAAUGUUAUUGGUCCGUUUGCAAAAAAACUAGAGGAUCUUUUGUUUCAAAAAAGCAUUCAACCACAGUAUACUUGUAAUCUCCAGCGGCGGUUGUCUCUAUGGGUUCAGGAUUAACAAUCAGAGAGGACUAAUCCCGACCAAGUGCUCAAUUGGUCAAUUGGGGGUCAGUAUCCAUCUCGUAAGCAAAAACACUGAAGACACCAAAUUGUAGCUACUGGCUAUCUAAACACUGGAGCAGAAUACGUGUUCUGGUGACUCAUGAAUGCCAAGCUUAAAAUUAGUCCAUUUAUUUGUUUUUUAGUGGCCUGAGAAACUCCACCUCGGUUGUAGUCUUGCUCGUCAGUGCUAUGAAUAAUCACGACACUUACAACAGGGAUUGUAAUUGCUAGAUAUGAAGCAAUAAUCGAUGAUAGACGUAUACGUAUGUGGCAAUAAUAUGAAAUAGACGCAAAGGAGACCAAGCUCAUCAUACAGUCCAUAUGAACUCAAUGAUAAUUUCCUAGCCAACACUCGGAAAACCUUUUCUCUCAACCCUUAAAAUCUAAGAAACUACUUUUAUUUUAGCCUUUACAAUACAGCUGAAUGCGAGUCUUUUUAGGAGAGCUUUUAGUGCUGCAGAGCACAUGAAUCACUCUAUUAACUCAUUAAUUACGUCAUGAACACUUUUAUAGGAGCUAUUUUUGGCACUGGAGUCUACUUUGCCAGAGAUGCCUCAUAUUCAAGGUGCUAUACUUCAAAUACCAUUGGUGCCAUGUACCUCGCCCGUGUCUUGGUGGGACAGUAUUGCAAAGGCGAUUCAAGCAAGAAAAAACCUCCACCAAUAAACCCAAGUCGACCAGAGAUUCUGUUCGACUCUAUGGUGAACGACAUACAGGAUCCUUCAAUUUUUGUUGUAUAUUACGACAAUCAAUGCUACCCAGAAUAUCUUAUUAGAUUUUAA